UAACAUUUAAUGUGAGCGACGGUCUAUCGUAAAAAUGACCGAAAACAAAAAAGGUGAUAGCGACAGUCUAUCCAAAAAACAUUUUGCGAGAUUCCACGAGAGAAUUUUCAAUAAAUAUGCUGAAAUGCAAAAAAAACUUGACAAGUCUAGAUCGAUGGAGUGUUUGCCUUCCUCAGUUGAUGAUUACGAUAACAAUUCCUUGAGACAUAGUAUUUGUGAUAUUCAAGAGCUCGAAGAAAUGUACCAAGAAAGAAGUGACAUGAACACAGUGAAACACAAAAUUAUUGUUGAAGAUGUAAACCAACAGAAUGUGAAGGUCUAUGAUCUCGAAGAUGAUACUGUUUAUAAAUCUGAAGUGUCUAUUGUUAGACAUCAAAGUGAAAAUAACGUGUUUUUUCUUGACGACUUCAGAUCGAGUUUUGAAUCAAUAUAUGACGCGUACAAGAAUAAUAAAGCAAGUCAGGAGUUACCUAAUACGCCGACGCGAAGAAUUUCCAUACGCGACAGAAUUGAAACCCGGAUAUCAGCCGUCAGGGAGCGGAGACGAGAGGCGAAGGACAAGAAAAGAGAAUCUCGGGAGAAAGUAGAAAAGUUUGUUUUCACUAACACGCCCACCCUGGACGUACCUAAAAAGAAGAAUAAACUGGCGUCUGUGACCGUCGCACUUAUCGAAGCCACUGGAUCGGAAAAUGAACCGAUUGCAGAGGAGAAACCACGACUAGUGUACUGUCGUGUUAGAUUAGGUGCUGAAAAACGCAAGACAAAAACAGUGAAAAGUGCCAAUAACGUCGCGACUUGGCAAGAAUUAUUCACAUUGAAUAUGUUUGAAGAACAAAUGCUGGAAAUUACUAUGUGGGAGAAAGACACCUUAAUGGGCAGGAGUCUCGUAGAUUUGUCCGAAAUAGAAAAAGAGAAGACACAUAAAAUGCGUCUGAAUCUGCAGGAAGGGACGGCUAAUGUACAAAUAUUUAUCCUGCUGACAAUAAGCGGAACGGUUGUAGACUAUAUGUCCAUGGAUUCAAACGAUCAUAAAUCAAGAAGAAAGGAUUAUUCUUCCGUCAGUAGCAACUUUAAUAACGUAGGAUGGUUUUCUAUGGUUGUUUAUGGAGCCAAAGGUUUGCCGUCAGGUGACUAUUUCUGUCUCAUAGAACUGGAUAACAACAGACUUCAAUCACAUACCGAUUUUAAAACCCAAAACCCUACUUGGAUGAAGAUUAUGGCUUUGGUAGUGUCUGACGUCACAUCUAUCCUAGCAAUAUCAGUGAUAGAUGAAAAAAAGUCCGACGUUGUGGGAAAAAUAUGCAUUCCAUUAUUAUCGAAUACGAAUGGGAGUAAAAAAUGGUACGCACUUAAGGACAGUACGCUGAGAGAAAGAGCCAAUGGAAACAAUCCAAGGAUAUUGCUGGAGACAAAGCUAGAUUUUAAUGUAAUCAAAGCGUCGCUGCGUGUGAUCAAUCCAAAAGAAGUAAAUUUUUUGGAGACCGAACCAGAAUUUAGCAGAGCGGUAUUCAGUCAAAAUGUCACCAGAGCCAGAGCAGUUGUUACUUGGAUUCUAGAUGCAUUUAAAUUUUUCAAGACAUGUUUCGAGUGGGAAUCGCGGAGAAGGAACACUGUUGCCUUGUCAAUAUGGCUCCUUUUCUGGUGGUUCUACAGACCGUGGAUGAUGCCAUUACUUUUGCUUAUACCUUUCAUAUGGUAUAAGCCGCCUGAGUACGCUAUAAUUAACUGGAAAAAGAAAAGGACAUCUGAAGAAAUGGCUAUUGAACCAGCGGUUACGCGAAGUACAUCCUUGAGGGAAAGAUUAAGCUCGUUAACAGAUCUGAUUAAAACAGUCCAAAAUAGCAUCGGAAAGUUUGCGAGUAUCGGUGAGAGUAUUAAAAACCUUACUAACUUCACGGUGCCAUUCCUGAGUUUUCUAGCCAUUUUUAUAAUACUUCUCAUAACUAUAGUUGUGUACUUCAUACCAGUCAACUACAUAUUUAUGAUUUGGGGAGUGCACAAGUUCUUAAGAAAGAUUUUGCGGCCAAACCGAAUUCCUAAUAGUGAAAUAUUAGAUCUACUGUCCAGAGUACCUGAUGACGUGACUUUGCUUGAUUGUGCUGAGCUGGAUCUAGAAGAAUUGACACAAGAAGACUCCCAGACUGAAACACGAUCGAUACGAUAGACGAUAAACUGAUUACUUGUAAUUUAAUUGAGAAUACAAUGGGUGAAUUAAAACUAAAUCAAUAAAAAAAUGAUUCGGUUAAAACAAUAAUGUUUUACUUUCGAAAUAUUGAUUAUUUAUUGCUCCAAGAC